AUGGAAACAAUCGAACAAUUGCGGGAGGAGAUCGAGAAGCAGCGCCGGCGAGCCGAGGAAGCAGAGGCCAAAGUUCUUGACGGACAACGUCAACGUGAAGCGACAGAAGCACGCGCGCUCGCCGAAAAGCAUCGACGCGAAAACGCCGAGAAAGCCGUGGCGCGAACCGACUUCCACACCUUCCUGUCGCUCUGUCACAACAACCUGAAAACAAACCUGGUCAUCCAAGAAGAUCCGGCGUUGUCUUCGGCUGGCACGGUCACGAAUGUCGACUCCAAAUACUACCCCCUGCGCCUCAAGCCGUGGGCCGACUUUCCAUCGUUGCACGACCAAUGCCAGAGACGUUUAGAGUCUCUGUUCAAAGACAAAAAUGUCUUUCCUGCCAUUGCCGGCUUCGACACCAUGAACGAGAUUUUCUCAUUCGACGAGCCCUUGGCCGACGAGAACGACGUCAGGCUGAUCCAGUUUUUGAACGUUGAAACCUGCGCCAAGAGAGUUCUGUUUCAGUAUCUCAAGGAGGUCAAGUCCGAGCCGUCUCAGACGCGUGACGACAACGAUAAUACCGAUGCCGACCAAAUAGCCGCUCUUCCCCUCCGCGUCUACUUUACAAACACGCCGUAUGGGAUCCUGUUAGAUGGACCUGGCGACAGUGGUGAGAGCCAGCACAGCGAUACACUGCCUGCCUACCAACCUGCCAUGUUGGAGGCACAACAGAAGGAUAUCGAGGCUCGUGGCCGUUUAACGGACGACGGACCACCUCCGGCGAAGCGUAUGUCGUCGCCCGUGCGGAAAUUCCACCCGGACCAGUGGUUCAUGCGUGUGAAUGGCAACGGCAGCGUUGUUCCCGUGUUUGUCGUGGAAUACAAGGCGGCGCAUAAGUUGCGCGGCUCCACGCUCAAGCUGGCCCUGUCCUCCGACUCUGACACCGACACCAACGCAGGCACUCGCACGAGUGACACGCGCGACCCACAAGGUCUGUUCUCAUCCGCAAUUCGCCAACAUCUGCGCAACAAGAUCGAUCUGGGCUCGAAAGACCGCCUAGAUGCAGAAAAGGCCACGGCACGUGUAAUUGCUCAGGCUUUUCACUACAUGGUGGAGUUUGGACUGUGCUACUCGUACGUGGCCUCCGGCGAGUCGAUGAUCUUGUUGUACUUUGAUGCGGCAGACGUCCGUACCUUGUACUACCACCUGGCCGUUCCCCUAGAUGAGGUCAAGUCGGAUGCCGUCGCAGAUGUUCGGCGUUCAGCAGUGUCGAUGGUGACCACCAUGGCGCUGCUUGCACUAGACCAACCUGGACUCAGCCAGAGGUGGAAGAAAUACGCGGUGAGUGUGUUGGAACGGUGGCCGGCUCCGUACGAGGAGAUACGUCCUCAGGACAACAACAGUGGAGAGGAGCACACUGGAAAACUGAAGAACCGUCCACGACUCGCGCCUCGCCAAAGCCAGCAGACAUGCAACGACGACGCGGCGCAGCAGCAAAACCAGCGAGGGGACGAUGACGACGACGAGAACAGCGACCGAGAGUUUCGCCCGCCGCGAUCGUUUCAAGCAUCGACAACACCGGCGAAGAAGCAGUACGCGACACGAUCAACGGGCAAAAGCACCACCAAAACAACCGAAACAACCAACACAAGCAAUAUGAACAACGCUACCAACACAAACAACACCAUAAGCCCGAGGCGCCAAUGCGAGGUGCUGCCCCACUGCAACCAGGGUUGUAUGUUGGGUCUACGCAAUGGGGGCGCCCUCGACCGUGCCUGCCCGAAUGUGCAGCUGCAUCCGUCGACCGAGGACGGACACCACACACUCACGCCCGUACAAUUGUGUAAUCGCCUGCGAGAGCAGCUGGCGCACGAUAUGGACGAGGACUGCGAGGCGCUGGACAAGUUUGGCAAGUUUGGAGCCAUCGGCAUGCUGUUUCGGCUUACGCUGCGAAGCCAUGGCUACUGCGUGGCCGCCAAGGGGGUGCAGCGCGUGCACGCGCAGCGACUCCAGCAGGAGAAGGCCAUAUACGACCACCUCCAAGAGCAGCAGGGCACGCUGGUACCCGUCUGCCUCGGGAUCAUCGACCUGGUGGAUGUGUACCGGACGUCGUAUGGCGCGCACGUCUCCCACAUGCUGGUGAUGUCGUACGCCGGCGAACGACUCUUCUCGAAGGCGGCCGGGCCGAUGCCGGACAACAUCAACUCGCUUGUAUACAAUGUGUGGUUCCGACUGCGGCAGCUCGGUGUCGAUCAUGGGGACGAGCACGAGCCCAACCUGCUGUGGAACGCGCAGGAGCAGCAGCUCGUGUGCAUCGACUUUGAGUGGGCCAAGAUUGUUGACUGGGAACAGGAGAAGGAGCGGCGGCGGGAGCAGAGGCGGGAGUUGAAGCGAAAGCACGCGGAGGACGACGGCACUGGCAUCAAGAAGCUCGUUGCGUGA